CGUCAUUUGCGCUAUUGUACAUGUUCUAUGUCUUGUUCAUGCUAGCACGCUGUCAUAACGGUGACUUGCCGGAAUACCGGGCUGUUGUGUAUCCCGAGAUUUUUGAUGGCCGAGAUGAACGCACAAGAGUUCUCAAGAUCAACGACGAGAUCACCCUGAACCUGGAGCCAAGCUCAAUUCUUCAUGAAAAUUUCUUCCUGCGUACCUAUCGUCAGGGUGUGGCCGUGCAUAAAUAUUUCAACGUCGAGGACUUACAGAAGGAUUUGUAUCAUGACCCAGCACGCCUGGCAGCGGUAACGGUGUCAGAAAAAGAUGGCAGGCUACAAGUGGAAGGCGUCGUUAGUCCAACACUCAUGAUUAGACCCAUAGAGGUCGGGGAGCGAAUGGACCAUGGCCGACAAGCUCAUCUUGUAGAAAAUAUUGAAGAUAACGACUCUGACAACGUUUAUGGGAUACCAAAAACACAGAACGUUGAAGAGCGCUCUUGGAGUACAAAGACUGGUUUUGACUCAAAUUUCUCAGGCGGCGACGAUUAA